UACCUGCACGGCUGAGGACUCCGAGCCGAGUCCCCACUCCCCAAAUGCAAAUGCAAAGCCAAAGGCAAAAGCUAAAGCGCGCCGAUCACUCCUCUUUUUAGUUCUAGAUUCCUAAUCUUGUUAGGUUGACCCAAAUUAUCCAGAUUGCUGUACUUCGCAAUUCAUAGUUAUUCUGCAGUGUCGCCCACGUUAACUCACCCUACCUAGAUCCGGACUGUUUGAAUCUCCGAUGGGUCUCGCCGAUGGAGAUUCGGAAUCGACCUCUCUUCUGGAGACUACAUCCGUCGCUGCGACACCCAAUAAGGUUCCCAAAGAUUCAUUCCAUUUGGCCUAUAUAAUCUACUUUACCUUGGGCUUUGGUUACCUCCUUCCGUGGAACGCUUUUGUCACGGCUAUUGACUACUUCUCCUAUCUCUACCCAGAUGCAAGCGUCGAUCGCAUCUUUGCUGUUGUUUACAUGGGGGUUUCCUUCAUUUGCCUCGUCUUCAUUAUCUUGUAUUCCCACAAGUCUAACGCACAUUUAAGGAUCAACCUGGGUUUGGUCCUUUUUGUGCUGACCCUGCUUGUGGUUCCAGUUAUGGACGUGGUUUACAUUCAGGGCCGGGUCGGGUUGUACGAGGGGUUCUAUGUGACCAUCGGAUCGGUGGUCUUGUGUGGAGCUGCUGAUGCCGUCGUGCAGGGUGGGGUGAUUGGCUCUGCUGGUGAGCUGCCGGAGAGGUACAUGCAGGCUGUUGUGGCUGGCACCGCCGGUUCCGGGGUCCUUGUUUCUUUCUUGAGGAUUCUAACCAAAUCAAUAUACCCACAAGAUGCGAGUGGGCUGAGAGAAAGUGCAAAGCUUUACUUCGCCGUUUCCAUUGUAGUGAUGGUUAUAUGUACAAUAUUGUACAAUGUGGUUGAAAAGCUACCUGUGGUGAAGUAUUACAAGGACUUGAAGGCAGAAGCUACAAACAUGGAGGAAGAGGAAAAAGGGCCUCUGACUGGGAUGGUAUGGAGAUCAACGCUGUGGCAGAUAGUAGAGAGGAUCAAGUGGUACGGCUUUGGGAUUCUCCUUAUCUACAUAGUAACUUUGUCAAUAUUUCCAGGAUACAUUACUGAGGAUGUUCAUUCUUCCAUUCUCAAAGACUGGUACCCGAUUCUCCUUAUUACUGGCUACAACGUGUUCGAUCUUGUGGGCAAGUCCCUCACUUCAGUUUAUGUUAUUCAAAAUCCCAAGAUUGUUAUUGGUGGAUGUGCCGUGAGACUCUUGUUCUUUCCACUCUUCUUUGCGUGUCUUCACGGUCCUCUAGUCUUCAGAACUGAGAUUCCAGUGACGGUGCUGACUUGCCUGAUGGGUCUUACUAAUGGCUAUUUGACAAGUGUUCUCAUGAUGUUGGCUCCAAAGAUUGUCCAGUUGCAACACGCAGAAACCGCAGGAGUUGUCAUGGUUCUGUUCUUGGUCACCGGUUUGGCGGCCGGUUCUGUUCUGUCUUGGUUUUGGAUCAUCUAGUGAUAUUUUCUAUUUGUGUAAUCUCAAAACCGGGAUUGUUUCACCCUCGUCGUUUCUCCUUUCAAAUUUGUUUAUAAAGCAAGUAUUGUUUUUCUGCCCAAUGUAUCAGACACUGGAAAAGUACCUACGUUUUCAACUUCUACAUCGUCGUUAAGUUCAAGUA